UCAUACAAAGACUUCCUUUGAGGAUAUCACUAGAUGAAGAGAGGCACCACCAUGAUGCUGCUACACAGGUAAAGCAAACAAGCUGAUCGUAAUUAGCAGUGUAGGGGACUUGUUCGACGACGCCAACACUUCUGCUCAGUGAGUCGACAUUUCUUCCCUUCUUUUCUCUUUUGCUGUGAUUUACAACUUUUACAAACACGACGACCUUAACUUAGAUCUCCUCAAACAACCUGCUCACCUGUGUCGAUCUGUGUAUUUUGAACGCUUUAGAAUUCGACCUUAAGUUAUACAUCAUGGUGGCGUUUACCUGAAGACCUGAACUUCCUCAACCAGCUCAACUUUUCCUUUCCUUAAAGCAUAAAGGUCUACAAUAUAAAACAACUCAAUACUUGAUUGCAGUUUUUUUCGUCGCUCCAGUGGACCUUCAUCCUCUAAUAAUGCGUACAGACCACAAAGGCAGAAGCGCCUCUCCUCACAGGAUCACAUAUGAGACUGACUUCCAUGCCAUUAAAUGCUCAUUUGACAGUGGGACUGGCCUAAAGCAUGGCUCCAAAGCUGCCUCUGCCCACUGCUCUACCAUGCACCAGUCCACGCUUCCAACCAGCUUCUCGGAUCCCCUUGUCUGCGGCCGAGGGAGAACCCACAGCACCAGAGGGACAAAAAUCAGAGACAACAUCUUCCUUCAAAUGGACAGCCAACAGUCGAAACAAGAUGGCAGCUCAGUACAGUGUAGUUCCGGCUCCACAACAACUCUCCUUUCUCCGCAGAAUCCAAGCCUGCAGUUGCAAACAUCACCCUUUUCCACCUCCAGACGUCUGGUAAUGGGUUCUGUUCAGAGCACCGUUGCCAGUGUUUGCUCACCUGAAGCCUUCUUACAAGAUAAACCAGCCCGAUCAGAUGAGAUAAGGGAUAUAGAUAGGGCUGCUCUAGCACAAAAAUUCUCUGUGACUAGGAAGUUGUUUGAGACCAAGGGAAUCACAGGAGCUGCCCAUGGGGGACAGGUGUCCAAAUGUAAUCUGAGCAAAGAGAGAGAGGAAAAAGAGAGUUUGGCUCAAGAGAAAUGCACAAAAACACCCAUUAUAAAGACAUCCUUGCCAACAACAGCCUUUAAAUCUCUGUCAGAUGUUCUCAGUGGGGCAUCAACUAAUUCUCCUACCAGUGCGGGCUCAAAGACUCAAGCAGAGGAGGAAGAGGCUGAGAGAUUGAUUGUUGGGCCCAGCUUGACCCCUGAGGAGCCACUCAGGGCAGAGCUUGUCCACGUGAAGUCCUCAGAUAGCGAUGAAAGUGAGGAAAAGGAGAAAGAAUGGGUAGCAUAUAAGAGAGACAAAUUAAUGUGUCUAAAUGUACGUGUUGAAGAACUGGUAGAUGAUGUUUUUGAACAGCCCAGUGUGGAGACGGAACGAACCGCAGGAGACUGUAGAGCGACGCCUGACAAGUAUGAGCAGGUGAAUGAACAGUGUUGUGAGAGUGAAGGGGAGGAGCUAAGCCAACACGCUGUCUUCGCAAGAGAGGAGCGCUAUGAGAUGGGUGAAGCAGAGAGAGAAAGUUCUACAAAGGAGGAUGUUAAAAAGGUGGGGAAGGAAGUGUGUGUGACACCUGAGCUGCAGGAAUGUGCCAAUAUGGAGCAAGAGGGAUUCAGAGGAGAAGGCGACGAUGGAAAGGUUGACAGUGGCAGAGAGGUCAAAUCAUCCGAACAGGAGUCUCAUUUAACAUCUCAGGUGCAAAACUUGGAAAGUUCUCCGCUGUCAUUGGAAUAUGAAGAAAUUCCUGGCAUUCCUCAACUGCCUGAUCAGGAUGACGGAGAUGCACAAACGGUCUCCGGGAGAAAAGUCCACUUCUCCUCAGCACCAAUCAAGGUUUACAGCACCUACUCCAAUGCAGAGUAUGAUCGACACAACAAAGACAUUGACCCAGUGUCCGCCUCCGCCGAGUACGAGCUGGAGAAGCGCGUGGACAAGAUGGAUGUUUUUGAAGUGGAAAUAGAAAAGGGAGAUGAUGGCCUGGGCAUCAGUAUCAUCGGAAUGGGGGUGGGAGCUGACCAGGGCCUGGAAAAACUAGGAAUCUUUGUCAAGACUGUCACUGAAGGAGGUGCAACACAUGAGGAUGGAAGGAUUCAGGUUAAUGACCAGAUUGUGGAGGUGGAUGGAGUCAGUUUGGUGGGAGUGUCGCAGCUGUUUGCAUCCUCAGUGCUGAAGAAUACAUCAGGCUUAGUCAAGUUUCUGAUUGGCCGGGACAAGGAGGGGGUGGAGAGUGAGGUGGCACGCUUGGUCAAUGAGAGCAUGGAGUUGGAGAAAGCCUCACAAAAGGAAAAGAACGCAAGGAUAGGCGGGGAGUCGGAAAGUUGUGCUAGCAUGUUUGAGGAUGUGUCAAGGUUUGAGGACGACGGUGAAGAUGAGGAGGAGGAUGUAUCUCUACUUUCUUCUCUUGAUAACGACCAGUUGUGCCUCAAAUACCAAAAGCUUCAGUCCAAACUGCGAAGUAGAGCGGCCCAGCUUCAACAAGCGAGAGAGAAGUUAAAAGCAUAUGAGGAGCGGCAGGAGAGCUGGGAGAGCCAGAAGGCUGAGCUGGAACAAAAAGUGGAGGAUGGAGAAGAGAAGGCUGACAAGCUGGAAAAGUAUUGGCAAGAGGCCCAGACACUGUGCAGGGUGGUGAGCCAGCGACUGGCUGACGCCCAGAGCCAAUCAGACAGCCUGGAAGUCAAGUACAGCAAGGCUAAGCGACUGGUCCGAGACUACCAGAGCAGAGAGGAGGAGGCGGAGAGGAGAGAGAUAGAUUUGCGUCGGGAAAUUGAGGAAAGGGACAAGCAGCACAGGGAGACCAUUGAAAGACUUCAAGCUAAGCUAGAGAGAAAAGAGCCAAUGUCUGCAGGGAAGAAUCUCACAUCAGAUCCAGAAUGGUCUAUUUCAGUACCUGACACACAACGACUGGACUGCAGUGCUCACAUAGCCCGAGCUCAGCUGGCCCAGAGGUCCAAGCGUCAUCCGCCCUCACGGGACAAACUCAGGGAGAGCUUUAAGAAAGAGGAUGAAGAUCAAAGGUCAAAGGAGAGCCCAACGCAGUCCGAAGGGAUUGUGCAAAGGAGCAGCGAUGUUGACCAUUCUAGUGUUUCCCCUUUCUCGGUCCCCAUCCCGCCCACUGCCUCCGUCUUCACACCCCCAAUCUACAUCACUGACCCCAUCAGCCCCCCACAAACUAAGUCAUCCACAUCCAGGAAGUCAAAACGGAAAAUUCCUGACUUCAGUGGCCUUCGCAAGUCUCUCGGCAAGAGGAGGGGUGAGAAACAGCACAGAAGGUCCAUGAACAACAGGGCGUCUUGUGGCAACCUGGUGGAGGAGCCAUCUCAAGUUUCUCCAUCAGGCUCAGUCUCCUCCAUGCCCUCCUGCUUGCCCUUCGCCUGGUUUGGGGAGCGAGGCAGGGAGAAAGACGAGGAGGGGGAAGGUGAGAGCAGCGGCAGGAAGAAGCUUCGGUCUGUGUCCAGCAGCAGUUUGCCUUACUUGACCACCUCAGGUAGAAGAGAUCAGAGUGUUGGGUCUCAAAUGGAUAGCUUCAUCUUGGGGGGUUAUGGCUCUAACCACUCGCUCUCUGGACAGUCUCACACUUUCACCUUUUCCUCUACAGAGACACUGGAUGAUGACCCUGUGACGACAAAUAACAACCAGUGGCAAAGUCGACCAGUGCUGGAGUGGAGCAGCCACCAUGUGUGUCUGUGGUUGAUGGCCAUGAACAUGGAGCAAUGCAUGGGCGAGUUUGCAGCCAGAGGUGUGGACGGGACACAGCUGCUCAGCAUGGACAGCGACAAACUCAAGGCCCUGGGAUUGUGUCAAAGCGACCGCUCGUUUCUCAAGAAGAAGUUGAAGGAGAUAAAAAAGAGAGAGGAAAAAGAAGAGAGAGGGAGGGAGAAGAGACGGAGGAAGUUAUCCGCGGGAAAGGAGAGGAAUUAUGAGAGUGAAGGAAAGGAGAAAGCAGGCUUGGUGAUGGAGAACAGAUCUGCAGUGGUGCAGCAACACAGUGCUAGACUUCCGAGGACUGAGUCGCUGCUAUAGAACUUCUUUUUUUGGACUUUUCACCAGCAUAUUGCAGUUGUAGCACACACAAUGUUCCUGGAUGAUUUGACUCUUUGAUAUCCUUUCUGAUGGGAGAACACAGUUUCAAAGCUAAUGUCUUCUUACCUUUUUUUUUAUAUUAAAUUAUCUUUUUGAUUUUACAUUUAAAUUGUAUGUUUUAAUAAAUAACUCAUUAACCUUUUACGUCUUUAAAUCUUAAUUUGGCAUAAAAAUCUGGGUACUCCGGUUUCCGCCCACAUUCCAAAAACAUGACUCCAAAUUGUCCAUAGAUAUGAAUGUGAGUGUGAAUGGUUGUUUGUCUAUAUGUGCCCUGUGAUUGGCUGGCGACCAGUACAGGGUUUACCCCGCCUCUCGCCCAAAGACAGCUGGGAUACCCGCAUACCCGCGAUGGACAGAUGGGUGGAUGUUAAACAUACUAUAAAUAUGGCGACAUUUUUUUUUAUUUAAGAAAAUCUUAAUUCUCCUCGUCUCCUAAAAAUACACACUACAGUCUCUCCCAAACAUGACGAGAUUUAAUAAAGAAAGCAGAUGCAUUGCUGGUUUUUAGAUUAAAAAAAAAAGUGUUUAGCAUUACAUGACUCUUUUGUCUACAGAGUGUAACAGGAAGUACCCCUUAAGUGAAUAAAUAGAAAAUUGCAUUGAAAAAUUGAAAAACAUUGAAAAAAUAUACAAACAAACCCUCCCCAUACUGAAAACAAUAGAAAAUGAAAUGUGCACAAUGCUUUAACAAACUUUUGUUUGUACACACAUGAAAUGAAACUAGCCCCUGAAGCACAAAGGUUGCUCAAGUAUUGUGCACAAAUUAUUUUUUUCUCUUUCUUUACAAAUGAAUAUCUUGAUAUUUACAGUCCUUGCAGCUUUGUCUUAGGAAUGUUCAUUAUCAUGCCAGGUUGUCAUCCAGGAUUUCUUUUGCCAGUCAGUAUUUACGUCUCUGUCCUUGCGUUUAAUCCGAACAGCGUUGUAACUGGGAACUUUGUCUUCAUAUUUGGUCCUCUUGAAGAAGCCACACUGUACAGUAAAAAGAUAGAGAUGUCAAUAUGAGGGGAAAAAGGAGGAAUAGAAGGGUGAAUGUGUUAAGUGCAACAAGAAAUGAGGAAAAGCGUCAAUCAAAAGCGAUGCACAAAAGCCCCAUAGUCAAGAUAAUAGCAUAUAUUAAAUGUCAAAUGGAAGUCAUUGCUUGUUAAACAGCACCUCCCCCAGGCCAUGCAUAUACAUGUCAAAGUUGUGAGUAAAAAAAAAAAUCAUAAAAGGCUGUAACUUGAGUGAGAAAAGCCCCAAAAAUGUGCACCACUCCUUCAUAGUACGCCGGGUAAAAUUACCCUGAUUUUUUUUGGUUUAGUUUUUUUUUUUUUUUUACGCAUGUGGUGUCAGCCUCUGUUUUUCUGAGGAGUCCCGUUUGUUCUUUUUCCCAAAGACUCCACACUGAGAAGAGGGAAGUUGUUAGAACAUCAUCAAAAUCACCUACACAUGGAUAUAAACGGAUGCACUGGUGUGUUUCUCCUACCUUCCAGAGAAGGAAAGCCAGCAGUGCUAGUAAGAGCAGCGCCAGCAGAACCGACAAGAAAAUGAUCCACCAUGGCACUCCUCCAUAUUGGGCUUCACGCCUCUCAGGGAAGGCAGUCAGUCUCACCUAGAAGAUAAAAACAUUAACGCACAUGACUAUGUAUAUGAAGUAUCCAUGUUUGGUGUGUGUGUGUGUGUACCUGUGUCUCAGCAUUCUGCAGAACCGUGUUCUUUCUCGUGCUAUCAACAUGCAAAGUCGCCUUAACAAUCACCUCUACAUGAUGCAUCUUUUUGUAAUCCUGUUGAAAACAGUAAAAAUGUGUUAAAAGUGCUCAUAUAUCCUAUUCCAGAUACAUACCUGUAUAGAUAACUGACACCUACAGACAAUUUAAGAGUCUCCUGUUGAUCUAAUGAUGGCUCACUGAGCAAAAACCUCCACUUAUAAGUAAAAGUGUCAAGGUCAAAGGUCAAUAACAAAGCCCAUAUGUUUUAUUGUUAUUGAAUUGAUCAGUAUGAUCUACUUGAUGUGUUUACCUCCAUCAAAGUGCUGUUCCAGAGGCGAGAGUGUAAGGAGAUGACAGCGUUACUGCUCAGGCCCUGCAGGGGACACUUGAUCCUCACACAUUUGGCCCCAUCUUGGCAUGACUGUAACCAGAGAGCGAGUAUUAAAAGGCAAUCCCAAAUAGUAGAUGGUAAUUGUUCAAGCAAUGAUAUAAUAAGCAUGUACUGUAUUUUUACACAGUCUCUUUAUUGGGAGAAUAGAAAUACUAGAACACAAACCAGGAGGUUCCUCCCUGUGUCUAGCACUUCUAUUUACUGUUUAAUAUGUCAACUUGACUGCUGUGUGAAAGGUAACACAACAAACAAAACUACUUAGCGGUGACCUUAGACUUUCAGAAGUACAGUAUUUUUUUUCUUACCAAAAUUUUAGAGGUCCUCUUGUCCACCAAACGUGAAAUAAUUCCCUCUUCACCAUCCUGGAUCUUUUCUGAGGCCCUUCUAGACCUCAUGUUACUUGGUUCCUUCAAUUCAAAACAAUUUACUAUUAGUAGAAUUACUGGUGUUGACUAAAAAUC